ACUUCAGAAGUCACACGAGUUCCGCAACCCUACACAAAUAUCCCCACUCCACAUCUCGAGCCACUACGGGCUCUUCUCCCCUAUGGUUUUUUCCCAACGAAAGAAAAUACACCUCUAGAAAUUAACUGUCGAGAAAGAAUCAGGUCGGACGAUAAGGUUGGGUAGAAGUCUUUUUAAAACCCGAAAAACCUGAUUCCAGUUCAAAUUUUUGAGCUACUGCAAAAUUAAAUCUUUAAUACGGUUGAAAAGCUUUCUGAAUGGCGGCUCGAAAUGGGGCAUUCUCAUUUUCAAGGACUGCAAGGUCUGCAUUUAAUUCAUUCAGAACAUCGUCAAAUUCAACGAGGCCCCCACGCCGAGGGAGAAAUCUGUUCGAAAAUAAUGGUAGUCAAGACAUGAAGAGACGAAGAUAUGCAGGGACGAUGGUCCCUCUGCACGAUGCAGUCUCUUCAGCAAAACUCGUAACGCGUCUCAGUGUUAAUUCUCGUAGUUGCCGUGGCCUCUCUCCAGGUCUUCAGGGUUAUUUUUAUCCUUCUUUUCAGUUAUGUACGCUAUGUAGGAGUUGAUGACCAAUAUUAGAGGCAUGUUGGAACGAUCAAUAUUAGAGGCACGUUGGAAUUUGACCAAGUCAAGGCAUGUCUUGGUUCCUUUUUGAUAAUAUAUGUCAAUUGACAUUCCAUAGUUUGGGUAACGUUUAGACAAUUUGAUAAUUCAUAUACCACUUUAUUAAAUAUUAUGUAAAAUUACUAUAUUAAAUAUUUUCUUAGAUUUCCUAGCA